AUGUCGUCUUCCUAUGCUGACAGGAUGUCUCUAUCGAAGAUCUCGAAACUGCUUUUAAAGAAUUUAAGACUUAAGGAUGUCUAUAUACCAAGAGAUUAUUAUACCAGGGAACCAAGAGGAUUUGC